AUGCCAGCAUUUCUCUAUGUCGUUUGCAUUCUGACCCUGGGCCUUGCUGCAGUGUCUGCUGCCAACUGCCGCAAGAUACAUAUCGCUCCCCUCCUUGCGUCAAUCUCACCAGAUGCCAUCUCACGGGUUCUUUCUGACCUCGCUAGCUUUUGUGCUGUUGCAGCCACAUCGGUUUCAUCUGCGACGAAUGAGGCACAAGUCGACAGCAAGCUGGAUCUAGUUGGCCUACAUCAGGCAUCUCAUACGAUCGUUCGCGUUACCGGCUUUUCGGUAUUGAUGAUAGCCGAUAUUACUUGGACAUUCCUGUCAGCGUAUUCAGUCAUGAUGCAGCUCCUGUGGCUUUUCUUUGAAAGUCUCAUCGUCGUUGACGACGCCCAGAUAGAAACCAAAACGCUUCACCUCGACGCCUUUGUCGCCGACGCUUUCUCAUUCUCUACUCCUCGAGCUCCAAUGACACCUAUUCCUCUUGCACCAGCAUCUUCUCCAUCAGGCCCUGUGCCACCGGGUCCUGCACAACAUUUCACUAUGAUACGCGAUGCUGCAGUUGCUAUUGUUGAUCGACUCGAAUUAUACGCGAAAGAUUUACUUAAACUUAAAGCUGCUUUUGAACAGGUGAUACGAAAGCUCGAUAGUAUGCAACAUGUGUUUGAUGAUGUAGUAAUGAGGUUCAAUGGCAUGGAGGAGACACUUGAUAGGUUAGGGGAGAGGGUUAAAGGUAUGGGAGAGACACUCGAUUAUAUUGGGGAGAUGUCUGGUGUCAUGGUUAAGACGGUCGAUGGCAUGGAUGAGAUGUUUAAUGAUAUUGUAAAAAAGGUCUGUGCGUUGGAGGAGAAGAUCAAAGUGAUGGAGAAGAGGGUCCAUGAACAGAUCAGUGGCAACGGAUUGUGGCCAAUUCGACUUUACAAUCAUCAACGCUCAUUGGAUGAGUCAUUGGAAUGGCCUUCCGUCUUUAAUCCUCCCUAUCCAGCUGGGAAGCCCAGUACUCUUGCGGAACUCCAAUCAAUGAAUGCUGGGAUGUGUAUGGCUCUCGUCGCUGCUUUACACCUUCCAACCCCUCCUGUUCCAAUUCCGCCCCCACUCGAGUGGAGGAGAAAGCAAAUAAUUAAUUACCUUGGAUGUGCGGAAUUUGACUCAAUGAGUCAUUCCAUUGUGUUGUAUUACUGAUACCAUUAUCCUCGUGUUUGUUAUAGAGA